GACCCCAGGACCCAGCUCCCCAGACAGCUCAGGGUCCUGUGGACAGCUCACCAGCUGUGAUGGCUGCAGGCCCUCGGACCUCCAUGCUCCUGGCUUUCGCCCUGCUCUGCCUGCCCUGGACUCAGGAGGUGGGCGCCUUCCCAGCCAUGCCCCUGUCCAGCCUGUUUGCCAACGCUGUGCUCCGGGCCCAGCACCUGCACCAACUGGCGGCUGACACCUACAAAGAGUUUGAGCGCGCCUACAUCCCAGAGGGACAGAGAUACUCCAUCCAGAACGCCCAGGCUGCCUUCUGCUUCUCGGAGACCAUCCCGGCCCCCACAGGCAAGGACGAGGCCCAGCAGAGAUCGGACGUGGAGCUGCUCCGCUUCUCGCUGCUGCUCAUCCAGUCGUGGCUCGGGCCCGUGCAGUUCCUCAGCAGGGUCUUCACCAACAGCCUGGUGUUUGGCACCUCGGACCGCGUCUAUGAGAAGCUGAAGGACCUGGAGGAGGGCAUCCAGGCCCUGAUGCGGGAGCUGGAAGAUGGCAGCCCCCGGGCUGGGCAGAUCCUCAAGCAGACCUACGACAAAUUUGACACAAACAUGCGCAGUGAUGACGCGCUGCUCAAGAACUACGGGCUGCUCUCCUGCUUCAAGAAGGACCUGCACAAGGCUGAGACGUACCUGCGGGUCAUGAAGUGUCGCCGCUUCGUGGAGAGCAGCUGUGCCUUCUAGUUGCCGGGCAUCUCUGUUACCCCUCCCCAGUGCCUCCCCGGACCCUGCAAAGUGCCACUCCAGUGCCCACCGUCCUUUCCAAAUAAAACGAGGUUGCAUC